CAAAUAUUAAAUAUUAAGAAAACAGAAACAGAUCAAGGGCGACUCCAAUUACAGGCAAGGCAGGGCCACAUCUUCUCUUCUUGACCGAGGAUUAGAUAUUCACUUCCAAUUUCAGAGUCCGCGUCACUUCAAAGCUAUAUUCACUACUUGAGAAUCGGAGAUCAUGAGGCUGUUGAAAGUAGCAACAAGUAACUUGAACCAGUGGUCAAUGGAUUUUGACUGUAACUUAAAGAACAUAAAGGAGUCAAUAGCUAAGGCUAAAGAAGCUGGUGCUGUCAUUAGACUUGGUCCUGAGCUUGAAAUCACUGGUUAUGGCUGUGAAGAUCAUUUCCUCGAACUUGAUACUGUCUCUCACUCAUGGGAGUGCUUGAAAGAAAUUCUUGUUGGUGAUUGGACUGAUGGAAUACUCUGCAGCAUAGGAAUGCCACUGUUCAAUGGAUCAGAACCUUACAAUUGCCAAGUUUUAUGCAUGAACAGAAAGAUUAUGAUGAUAAGACCGAAAAUGAGGCUGGCAAAUGGUGACAAUUACAUGGAGUUCCGAUAUUUCAGGCCAUGGCAACAAAAAGAUCAGCUAGUGGACUUUCAGCUCCCAAAUGAAAUCUCAGAGGCUAUAUCUCAAAAAUCAGUACCUUUUGGUUAUGGAUACAUUCAAUUUCUAGACACAGCUGUUGCUGCUGAAGUUUGUAAAGAGCUUUUUACGCCUCUUGCUCCUCAUGAUGAUCUUGCACUCAAUGGGGUUGAAGUUUUCCUGAAUGCAAGUGGAAGUAGUCACCAAGUGGGAAAGGCACUUGAGUUUCGUAUCCGCACGCUGACAAGUUUAACUCGUAGGCUUGGAGGAGUUUACAUGUAUAGCAAUCAACGAGGAUGCGAUGGCGGUCGCUUUUAUUACGAUGGAUGCUCUUGUGUAGUUGUAAAUGGAGAAGUGGUAGCCUUAGGCUCACAAUUCUCCUUAAAAGAUGUCGAGGUUGUGGUUGCUCAAGUGGAUUUGGAUGCGGUUGCUACUAAAAGAGGAUCUUCAAGUUUGUACCGAGAAGAAAUAUUUGGCAAAAGCAGAAUACCAUCCGUAGCAGCACCAUACACUCUCUGCCAGCCUUUUAACCUGAGAAGCCCCAUUUCUAGCCCACUUAAGAUCAGUCCUUACUCUCCUGAGGAGGAAAUAGCUCUCGGCCCUGCUUGCUGGCUAUGGGACCACUUAAGAAGAAGUGAAGCUUCAGGAUUUUUGCUUCCUCUUUCUGGUGGAGUAGAUAGCUCCUGUGUAGCUGCUUUAGUUGGCUCCAUGUGCCAGCUUGUUGUCAAAGAGAUUGAGAAUGGGAAUGAACAAGUCAAAGCUGAUGCAGCACGAAUUGGAUGUUAUGCUGAUGGGAAAUUUCCUACAGAUAGCAAAGAAUUCUCUAAGCGCAUAUUUUACACUGUAUUUAUGGGGUGUGAAAACAGUUCUGAAGACACAGGACAGCGGGCAAAGGUUCUGUCAGAUGAGAUUGGCUCAUGGCAUAUUGAUGUUUUGGUAGACACUGUUGUUGCUGCGCUGCUAGCAGUAUUUCAAGCACUUACGGGCAAACGACCACGCAAGAAGGUUGAUGGGGGUUCUGAAUUUGAGAAUCGAGGAGUGAAGGACAUUCAAGAUCGAAUAAGAAUGGUGCUAGCAUUGACACUAGCAGCACUCUUGCCUUGGGCUCAUAACAAGUCGGGGUUUCUUCUCGUUUUGAGUAGCUCUAAUGUGGACGAAGAAUUGAGUGGUCAACUAACAAAGUAUGGUUGCAGCUCAGGAGACAUAAAUCCAAUAGGAAGCAUUAAUAAGCAGGAUAUUAAGUCAUUUCUACAAUGGGCUGCCACCAAUCUUGGUUACUCAUCCCUGGCAGAAAUUGAAGCAGCUUCCCGAACUAAUGAUGAAAAGGAAAUUGGAAUGACAAGCGAGGAACUCUCAGUUUAUGGGAAAUGGAGGAGAAAUUUGCGCUGCGGGCCAGUUUCAAUGUUUAAGAAUCUCUGCCACAAAUGGAGUUCAACAUUAAAUCCAUCAGAGGUGGCUGAUAAAGUGAAACGCUUUUUCAAGUACUAUUCAAUUAACAGGCACAAAAUGGCUGUCUUAACACCUUUCUAUCAUGUGGAGGGUUAUUCACCGGAUGAUAAUAGGUGCGAUCUUCGCCAGCUUCUUUAUAACACGAGAUGGCCCUAUCAAUUCCGCAAGAUUGAUGAAAUUGUUCGAGAGAUAGACAGCAAGAAAGCUGAUAUUGCAAAAUCAAAUGGCCAGGAGAACUUGGAAGCCUUUUCAAAUGGAGCAUAGAGAAAGUUCGCGAGAGGAGGCUAAUAAGGCAAUCUCAAAACCAGAAUCUAUUAAAAAUAGAAGGAUUAGCUGUGAAGAGAUUAUGCAAAAAUGCAAAAAGCUUAGUUGAAUUCAUAAAUCUGGUGUAAUGACAAGCUACCUUAUUGCUGCUCACUUACACAAGCAGUAGGCCAAAUGGCAUUAAUGUUGGUUCCUCCGCUGCCAAUUCCUCUUGGAAGUUUUUCAAUGCAUUUUUAUAUAUGUCAAACUUUUUAUUUUA